UCGCUGUCGCCGCUGCCGCCUUUGCUUCUUCAACAGGCCCCCUUACGCUCUUUCUCUCAACAAAGUGCCACCCUUGGGUUCAACUUCACUCUUUUAGUUGUUCCCGUCCAAUCUUUUCUGUUUCUUUCGUUUUAUUGUUCCUCGGUCACUCUCCCAGUUUGCACAUCCGCAUCCGUCUAAUUCCUGCCCUAGAAGGUGCCAAAGCCUCCCGACGCGGUUCAGCUUUUUCAACUUGGAGUGUUUCUCCCUUUUGACCGUAUCAAUAUCCUCGGCCUUCCCGGCAUCGCGGAUAUUACCAACACCGAAUAGUGAUACGAAGAUACAGACCAGCUUAUUAGCUGAUACACGCUCGCUUUCCUGUUGAACAAAGACGACACCCUACACGACACGAUGCAUUCCAUGGACAACAUCUACACCGCGCAGAGCCACAUUGUUGGCCGCAGCGAACUCGCCCGCGACUCCAAUGAGUCCGUUGUCAACCUGCUCAUCGCCCUUUUUGGCCUCAGCUUCAUUGCCUCGCUGAUGAUCGCGGUCCUCUUUCUCCUCCGCCGCAUGAAACGUCAGCAACGUAUGCGCGCCGAGAUGCUGCCCCAGUACAACGACGUGGCUGGCAAGCGCGGGCCCAAGGGCCCCAACACCCGUGGCCUGACAAUCCAGACACAGUCCAUUGGCGACGGCUGUCAUAGCGUUCUCGUUUUCCGCGACGGCCAGCCCAUGCUUGCGAACCCCGAGUCUCCCCCGCACUCCCCUGACAACGUCCCCCAGAUUCACAUCACCUUCCCCGACGAGCACGAUGACCAGGGCCGCCGGAAGAGCGGCCGUGUUGUUGUCGUGCGCGUUGGCGAGACCGGAAUCGGCAUGGAGCCCCUGCGGGAGGAGCAGCUGCCUGCCUACGAGAAGGAGAGCUCUACGCAGUUCUACUCAAUCGACAUUGAGAAGAUUGGCGGCCUGAAGGAGAAGGAGCGUCAAGACUUCCGUUAAUCUUAAGGGCCGAAAGCCUUUCUGAUAAUGAUUAUUUUGCUUCUUUAUUCCACUCAGAGCCAACAAAUCACACCCACCACAACCAACACAGCGUCGGCCUGCCUGUCCUGAGAACCUAAUUCACCAGCAGGCCGCCAUCCUCCCGUGUCCCUUGGCUCAUUUGGCGACCACCGGAGGGUGACGAAGCGUAAACCAUAUCAGCGACCUUACUCUACCUGAUCCGACUACAACCUAAUCUUACUAUCACUACCAAAACUCUGCCACCGAAGCGCGGGAGAAACAAUCCUUCUCCCGUGUAUUCCCCUUCUUUGGUUGGCUUAUAUGCAUAUCGGGGCACUUGGAUAUACUACUGUCCGUCACACCUUAUGACACAAUCACACAUACGAAGCACCGGGGAAGGGAGAGUGGAGUCUCGCGUGGGAAGAUGUGAAGGGACGCGAACGGGUGUUCGACCUUGCCCCAUCGUGGAGUUGGAAGCUUGUGGCAUACCUUUGUAACUUCUAAUGCUGUAUAAGUACAAAUAAACUCUGCAGGUGGAACUGUUAAUCCAUGUUCAUAUUAUGUCUUG